AUGGAAACUAACCAAGACCACCACCCCAACCAGGCCGCCGCCGCCGCCGCGGCGCUGCGUUGCCCGCGGUGCGACUCGGCCAACACCAAGUUCUGCUACUACAACAACUACAGCCUCUCCCAGCCCCGCCACUUCUGCAAAGGCUGCAAGCGCUACUGGACCCGCGGCGGCACCCUCCGCAACGUCCCCGUCGGCGGCGGCUGCCGCAAGAACAAGCGCCACCUCAAGCACCGCCCCUCCUCCUCCUCCUCCUCCGUCGUUACGAAUAGCAGCAAUAACAUCGCCCAGCUUCCUCGCCCACCACCAACAACCGCGGAAAACCCUAGCCACGGCCAGCAGCAGUUUCGAAUCAUCGACCAGAUGAAUAACCCUCCUCCACUGUUCUACGGCAAGCAGAGCAACAACCCUCCUCCUCCUCCUCAUCCGUACGACGACCAACUGGCUAGUAAUAAUUCCUUCGCGUCCAGCGGCGGCGCCGCCUUCAACUACACCGCGGCGGCGGGUUCCUUUUUCGGCGGCGGCGGCGCUUCUAAUAAUAGUAAUGAUAAUUCGGCGAUUCUUUCUCCGACGAUGGCGACGCUGCUGGCGUCCACCCUCAACAACAAGUUCUCUUCCUCCUCGUCGUCGUCGUCGAACAACAAGAGGCUGAGCUCGGUCGACCAGCACUUCCAGGCCGCGGCGGGGUUGCAAAUGAGCAGCGGGGUGAAGCCGGAGCAGUACGGGCAGAACGGGCAGCAGGAGUGGAGUUUUAACGAUUCCGGGCAGGUGGUGGUGGUGGAGCAGAUCGGGUCGGAUCCUCAGUCGGCUUACUGGAACGCGCUGUGGCACGAUCCGGGGAAUAUUGGACCUUCCGUGACUUCCUUGAUCUAG